AUGACAUCCACGGAGAGCCCGGUGGUCCUACAGACCGAACGCUUGAUCCUGCGUUUGGCUGACCCUUACAACGAUGCGGAUGCCGAGAAGAUCCUCAGCUUCUACGUCAACGGCAGUGGAGGCCACGAGAAACUCGGACUUAGCAACAUCGACGAUGUGCGGCUACAGCACAAGGCCAAUGGCCCCCGCGCGGAAUACUGCACACUCGCGCCGCCGCCUGUCGGCUCGUAUUUCCUCAUCCAUCUGCCAGCCAACGACUCCACCCAUAACGGCCACGAUCCGGCCGACACCAAGCGAGAGGGGCCGCAGAUUGGCAUGGUAUCCAUGAGCUUCCGCCCGGAAAUGCCCUGGCCCGACUUGGGAUGGGCUCUGCACGCAGCUUACGAGGGGAACUUGUAUGCUACCGAGGCCGCCCGAGCAGCACUGGCAUGGUGGCGAGAUGUCAUUGGCAUCAAGGAGGUGUGGGCCGGGACGCUGCCGAACAAUGCGAAGUCGCAGCGGUGUGCGGAGCGCGUGGGAUUCGUCCGCGCCGGCACCAUGGACAUCGUCUUCGGAGACCCGCCCGACGAAAGCCAGCGCAUCAAGGACGCUGCCGCAUUCGUAUUGCCUGGGAUGCAGUGGCGUUCUGGACUUACAGUGUAUCCUACUGUCCAGCAUAAUCAGUCGCUCUCCAAAUAA